GGAUUCAUGAUAUCACGAUUAUCACGAUUAUCACGAUUUGUGCAGAGACCCGAAAUAGAAUUUAGAAAGAAGAAAAAAGAUGAACGGAAUCAUUUUUUUGUUAAUUGUUUUGCCAAUUAGUCUAAUUGGCUGGCAAUUUUCGUCCAUUUUACAUUUAUUUAAUAAAGAUGCUGAAGCAAUUUCUCCGAUGCGAUUCCUCAUUGCAUUGUUGGCCCCCUACUUUAUUGCACGUUGGGGCCUGCAUCGAAAAAGUCUGGAUCAAUCAGGAGCUAUUGCAGGUUGUGUUGUUGCAUUUUUCCUCACCGUGAGCAACCUGUGUUUCUUUUCUGCCUUGCUGGCAUUCUUCAUAUCUGGGUCAAAGGUCACCAAGUUCAGAGGUCAACUGAAAAAGAGGCAGGAAGAGGACUUUAAGGAAGGCGGUCAGCGUAACUGGGUACAAGUUUUCUGUAAUGGAGGAAUAGCCGCUAUCCUAUCCUUCCUAUAUCUUCUUGAUGUUGGAUGCGAUGAAAAACUGAUUGACUGGAAAAGAUACUACAGCCCUUCCUGGUUCUGCAUGGCUGUGUUGGGUGCCCUGUCCUGUAGUUGUGGAGACACAUUUGCCUCAGAGAUCGGCUCUGUGAUUGGUUCCUCUCCCACUGUCCGUCUGAUAACUGACUUCUCUAAGGUGCCAAGAGGGACCAACGGUGGUAUAUCUGUGGUUGGGACGGUAGCCAGUUUUGUGGGUGGUGCUGUCCCGGGGUUGGCGUUCUACCUGACCCAGAUGGUGUGUGUCAACGAGGACUACCUGACCUCCUCUCCCCCACAGUGGCCCAUUGUUCUCGUGGCAGGCAUCUUUGGACUGAUGGGCUCAAUGAUCGACUCGCUCCUGGGCGCUACUCUCCAGUACACUGGCUAUGACAAGAAGACUCAGCGUGUGGUAGGGCAGCCUGGGCCGGGGGUGGAGGACAUCUGUGGUACAGACUUCCUGGACAACCACGGCGUGAACCUCAUGGCCUCCUUGAUCACAGCCCUUCUUGCGCCACGUGUGGCCCUGCCUGUCUGGACUGCACUCACGUAGGCUGUGGGACAUGAAUUAUCAGGACUAAUUAUGACGUCAUGAGUCAUUUGUCAUACUGUGCAUAUGAAUGUAUUUGACUUUCUCUUGACGAUGAUAAUUUGUUGAGUUGAUCUGAAUUAUUGAACAAAUAAGAGACUCAUUUUGAUAUUUAAAAAUUGUCCUUACAAAGUCCAUGUUACACAGCACCGAAUUAUGAGUGCUGAAUCGCUCAAACCUUUGACGACCAGAUAUGCUAAGAGCAGUUUAGGUUUGGAUCAAAAUAUUUAUGUUAAGUUUCGAAUCUUUGAAGUUUAUGUUCAUUGUAAACAAAUACUUAUGGUCAAAUAAUAUUUAUAUGUUUGAUAAGCAUGUGGCUUGUUAUGUUAAUUAUAUUUAUGUCUUAAGUUAACAGAUUGUUAUUUUAAAAAGGCCGUACAAGUUUUAAACAACUGGACCCAGAACUUUAUGUCUCAUUAUGAGUCAAGUGUCAAACUAAACAUAUAAAUACUUGAUACAUUUCUGGUAGAUGGUACCUGGCUUAUUGGGUUAUUUGUAAAAUACUUCCGAUACACACAUACACACCCAUUUCCAUAUGAUGAUGCAAAAUAAUAAAUUGUUCAUAAUAAAAGUUGUUGUAAAUAUUAUUUCACUUGAAAACUUUCAUCAGGUCUGAAAGGACAGAUACCAUUUAAGAUUGUUUCAGUUGUCUGCAAAUUAAGGCAGUUUAUAUUAAACUGAAAUUUAUUAACCUUGCUCCACAUUGUUUCACAGAUUGAGUUUAUUUUUGUUGCUUUGUUUUUCAAAAAAUUACAGUUUCAUUUAUCAAUCUAUAUUAAGCUUGAUAAUAAAAUAUAGGGAAUGUAGAAUUUUUCUUUACAAAGCCUUUGCAGUUGUUAUUACCAAGUAAAAGUACCGAGACUUAAAUCUAUUGUGAUAUUUGCAAUAUUAUUGAUGGUUGUCAUAUUGAACGUUUUCUAUGUUCCAGUUAAAUAGACGUAAUUUGUGAUCACACCAGUCAGUAUUAAGGGUUAAUGUUUAAUACUAAGUAUGCAUUCUGAUUAUCAUUUUGACUAUGCUUGUAUUAUUUUAAGAGAUAAUUAAUCAUGCAGAGUGUUCACAUUUUAAUAGGAAAAUUACCAUCUUCUCACGCGUACAAUUUAUUUCAAUAUAUGUUUCUAUGAAAGCUGAUUGCAAUUAACUCCUCUUUACUCCUCCAGAAUAUUGAUCCAAUUUGUUGUAGUCAAAAUGCCUGUUUCCCACCAUGGUGUUUAUGCCAAGUGUCGACCUUUACAUACAAUUUCACAAGUAUUGAAAAACAACAUUACCUUACCUUAAUUACAAGUUAUAUCUUAAAAUUUUAAAUUUUUUAGCUCGGCUGUUUUUCGAGAAAACCCGAGGUAUUGUCAUAGCCAGCUCCUCGUGUCAGUCGUCGUGUCCGCCGUCCGCGUCGUGCUAAAACCUUAACAUUUUGUCAAGGUUUUGAACAUUGGCUCUAAAAUCAAAGUGCUUCAACCUACAACUUUGAAACUUCAUAUGUAGCUGCACCUUGAUGAGUUCUACAUGCAACACCCAUUUUUGGGUCACUAGGUCAAAGGUCACUGUGACCUCUAAAAAAAAAAAAAGUUCUGACAAGCUUUCAUCUAUUCAAAACUGCAUCCGCAGCCGAGCGUGGCACCCGUUAUGCGGUGCUCUUGUUUUAUUACUGGUUACUGAAAACAAUUAUGUCUAUUUUGUUUUAUUCAAAAUUGAUUAUUUAUUAAUUUUUCAAUGCAAAUGUCAAGUGUUUUGUUUAUUUUCUGUAUUUAUAUAGAUGUGUGUAUUAAUAUUAUGUUUAUGAAAAUUUGUAUUAUAUGUAAAUAAUGCAAUAUCAACUGUCACAAUGGGAUUUCACAAGUUUUCAAGGUACAGUUGUUUGCCUGUCCCCUUUGUGUGGUUUACCAUUAGACAAUCUCAUGCUGAACUGUGUUGGCUCUGAUGAGAAAAUUAUUGUCGUUUAAAUAUUAUUAUGCGGGAAAUAUAUUGUAACUAUUUUGUUACGUUUAUUAAGAAAAUAAACAUGGAGAAAUGGUUGAAAUCGUUUUUUUGGUAAUAAAGUGCACCCAAAAUGUU